UAACCAGCUCCUUUUAUAUUGGUUUUUGUUGUUUUCGUGCUUCGUUUUCAGGUUGAAGUUGACGCCCAUCGUUGAUUCAUUCUGCAACACUCACAGUAUUCACACUUACCUCAGUGAGUGAGAGAUGGGCGAGUUGAGAUAUGAAAUUUCUCAAGACGCUUACAUUAAGCUCGUGUUACACGCACAGAAGCACAAGGCAGCUGCGGUCAACGGUGUUUUAAUUGGACGAGUCUCUCCUCGAAACGACGACGUUGUGGAGGUCACUGACUCCGUCCCUCUCUUUCACUCCCACCUUGGUCUCCUCCCCAAUCUCGAGAUCUCCCUUAUCUUGAUAGAAGAGCAUUAUAGUGCUCAAGGUCUCUUCAUUGUUGGGUAUUUUCAUGCUAAUGAAAGAUAUGAUGAUGCGGAGCUUAAUGGUGUGGCUAAGAAUAUUGGUGAUCACAUCUGUCGUUACUUUCCCCAAGCUGCUGUACUUUUGUUGGAUAGCAAAAAGCUUGAAGUAUUGCCCAAGAAGAUUGACCAAAGACCUGUAAUGCAGCUUUAUAUAAGGGAUGCAUCCAAGAACUGGAAGCUCGUUGGAUCAGAUAGUGGCAGCCGAUUGGUAACUAAGGAGCCAGCAGCAAAUACACUUCUAUUAGAUUAUAUUACCACUGAGAAAUGGCAGGGUAUUGUUGAUUUCGAUGAUCACCUUGAUGACCUUAGCAAGGACUGGCUGAACCCGGAACUCUUCAAGUAAAGAAUGGCUAUGGAUGUCAGUAUUUUUGCCAUUAUUUCCAGACUGUUAAUGGUUGAUGUCAACCCAUGAUGCAUUUACUUAUGCUCGAGAAACGACGAACAUAACAAAAAAUUUGUGGGAUCAUGGAGUUGUGGAGUUUUAUUAUUUUUCUGAGAAGAAGAUUUUGUAGUGAAAAUAUUCUCUUAAACUAUCAUCCAUUCUGUGUUAAAAAUUACUGAAGUUCCCAGAUGUUUAUUUUUUCACAAGUGGGAUGGAAACCCCUUCUGUUUCUAGAUAUAUAUAUAUAUUCUCUUUGGUUGUCCAAUUUCAAGAUUUCACUUUUGGGU